CAAUCUCUUGUCCGCAACUAUAACCUAUUAUUGACGCAGACUGCACCAUUUCCUAAGGUUCAAGUUUCCUCAUCAUAUCAAAUUUUCAAAACACCCUUUUCAAUUCUCAUCUCCCUUCACACACACACUACCAAAUUUGCUCUAAGAACAAUAUAGAAAAAUCUAUUCCCUAUCAAAGUCCCUCACAGAAGUUGAAUAAGAAGGACAAUAAAUGGGGAUUCAUAUCUCACAACAUGUGCUAGUUUCUUUGGAAACUCACCCUCUUUAGUCUAUUUCUUCUUCAGCCAUAGCCUUCACCUUUACAUCAAAGAUAGCUACAUUUUUGCUGUAUAUAAAGAAACCAAAGCAAUAUAGCCUCUAACCACAAAAGACUCACUAACCAACAACAUAAAUGUUUUCAACAUCAACCAUCAUGAGGAUUAGUAUUAUUUCUAUUGCUCUUUUCCUCACAACUCAACUUCUUGUGAGAGCAGAAUCAAUAAGCAGAACAGAUUUUCCAAAGGGGUUUAUCUUUGGAACUGCUUCUUCAGCUCACCAGUUUGAGGGAGCUGUUGAUGAAGGAAAUAAAGGAGAUAGCAUAUGGGAUACUUUCUCAAGGAUACCAGGGAGAAUUUUGGACUUCAGCAAUGCAGACAUGGCAGUGGAUCAAUAUCACCGAUUUCAGAAUGAUAUAAACUUGAUGAAGGAUUUGGGAAUGGAUUCUUACAGAUUUUCCAUAUCAUGGCCGAGAAUUUUCCCAAAUGGAACAGGGGAACCUAAUAAAGAGGGGAUAAAAUAUUACAACAGCCUCAUUGAUGCUUUACUUGAAAAAGGAAUCCAGCCUUUUAUAACACUAUAUCAUUGGGAUCUUCCACAGAUGCUUGAAGAUAAAUAUGAAGGAUGGUUAAGCACACAAAUCAUAAAAGAUUUCGAGCAUUAUGCCUAUACAUGCUUCCAAGCUUUUGGAGACAGAGUAAAGCACUGGAUUACCUUCAAUGAGCCUCAUAACUUUGCACUCCAUGGUUAUGAUUUAGGCAUCCAAGCACCAGGAAGAUGUUCCCUGCUUGGUCGUCUUCUAUGUAAGAAGGGAAAAUCCUCCACUGAGCCAUACAUUGUUGCUCAUAAUAUUCUCUUAUCACAUGCUGCUGCCUAUAGAAGUUACCAACAACAUUUCAAGGAACGACAAGGAGGUCAAAUUGGAAUAGCACUAGAUGUCGUUUGGUAUGAACCCAUAACAGAACUUGAUGAAGACAAAGAUGCAGCAGCAAGAGCUAUGGACUUUUCCCUUGGAUGGUUUCUUGACCCGCUUUUCUUUGGAAAAUAUCCUCCCUCAAUGAAAAAACUUGUAGCUGAGAGAUUGCCAGAGAUUUCUGAUGCAACCUCAAACUUCCUUGUGGGAUCUUUGGAUUUUAUUGGCAUAAAUCACUACACCUCAGUGUAUACUCGUAACGACAGGACUCGAAUUCGUAAAUUUGUUAUGCAAGAUGCUGCUUCUGAUGCUGCUGUCAUUACAACCGCAUACCGAAGAGGAGCAGCAAUUGGAGAAAAGGCAGCUUCAAGUUGGCUACACAUUGUUCCAUGGGGGAUCCGAAAGUUGGUAAAACAUGUGAAAGACAGAUAUGGGAACACGCCAGUAAUUAUAACAGAGAAUGGAAUGGAUGACCCAAGCAAACCCUUUAUGACCUUAGAGAAGGCCUUAAAGGAUGACAAAAGGAUAAGGUACCAUAGAGACUAUCUCUCAAACCUAUCUGCUGCUAUAAGGCAAGAUGAUUGCAAUGUACGAGGUUACUUUGUAUGGUCAUUACUUGACAAUUGGGAGUGGAACAUGGGAUACACCGUACGCUUUGGACUCUACUAUGUUGAUUUCAGGAACAAUCUUACUAGGAUACCGAAAGAUUCGGUGCAAUGGUUCAAAAAUGUACUCAGAUUAAAGACAGAAAAGAGUAGUGAAAUUUGAAUCGCUUUGUCUUGCACACAUCAAAGGCAUUUUGUAAUUGUAAAGUUCUUAGAAAAAUUAUUGAAUGAAAUGACAUCCACAAUGGAGUUAACAUGAAGUUA